UAAAAACCUACUAGUGAAACAACUCAGACACCCCGCCCAGCUUUGGGCGUUGUGAAAUGGCUUAACAGGCGGUUGUGUGAACCUCCCUCAUGUUUUGGGACCAUGCCAAGUUGCUGAUCCCAUUCAUACAACACAAGUACCUCGUCCAUUGAAGCACCAAUCACUGGAGUGAGGUUGCAUUUGAGUGAUGGGCCCAUGUGAGUCAGCUGUAUAAUUUUAAAUGUGCUAUUUUGGGUCUGGGGAGGGGGUAAGCAGCCAUAGCAAGCGCCUCUGUCUCUCUUUCCCUCUCCGAGGAGCUUGUGAGAGGAGCUUGUCGUUUUUGUUCACCGGUUUGCGUAGACGUCACAAAGUAAAACAUGGGGUGUUGUUUCAGCAAAGAGCUGAACCCUAACCUGGUCAGCGAGAGAACAAGUCUUCUUCAGGCGGCCAUUCCAGAGGGCUCCGCAGCGAAAGACGUCAGAGACUGCGCUUGGUCUGUCGCCGAUCUGACCGACGAGAAGCCUUCUCAAAAUGGGAAUGUGAAUGCUGCUUUGGAUACCAGUUGUAAUGCUUCCUCCACAAACUUGUCAGCAGGUCUCAACCUCAUUAAAGAGGGCGGUAGCAGUGUACAGGAAGGAAUGGCAUUUUGGGACCCACCUGUUGGCGAUCCACCUAUUCACGAGGCUACAGUCCAGAAAGGAAAUGCCAGUAGAAACGAUUGCCUGACAGCUGAAACGUUGGAUUCUGUGAAACGGAGAAUAGCUGAAAAUGCUAUAAUGAGAGCAAAGUGGUUUUGUGAUGGUCAACAGAAUUCCACAGAAAUAACUAGAGAUGGCAAAAGCAAGAACGCCAUCCUUGGACAAAAAAUUAGUCCGUCAUGCAUUUUAAAGGAUCAACACUCAACAGAGGAAGUUAAGACACUGUGGGAUGUACAAUCAAAACCUGCGUCCACUUCAAAGCACGCCACCCCACCGUUCAAUAAAUGCUCCGGGAGCUCAAUAAAUCUGGAUGACUCAGAAGAGAGAAAUUCUGGACUGUUGAUCACUGACCGUGGCAUUAAAAAAGAACAGAGUUUCUACAGCAUCUGCCUGAUUGAUUUAGAGGAUCUCGGGAGCGAGUGUGGGCACCAGCCCGUGACAGAAGCUGACGCAGUCAGGUACGCAAGCGCACCAGCUGUCUCUGAAAAGGCUUUAUUUGAUAAUUCAUUACUCCCGAAAGACCACACAAUAUCGGGUUCAAGGCCUUCACAUGAAACAACACAACAAACAGAAAUAGAUCCCUCAGAAAGAACUACAGAGUUGGGGUGUUCAACAAAUCUGCCUGUAGACUUAACCCUUCCAAAUGAGGAAGAUGCUCUCCCAGAUCUUCUAAAACCACUUCCUACUCAAGAAAAUGAAAAGAAUGUUGUUUCUGCUUCUUGUACAGAUACAGAGGUCACACUUUCUCCCUCUACUGCUGUAGAGGACACCAUUGAUCAACUCUCCCCAGACCUGCUGUCGCAAAAUGGACAGAUGUCUGAGUUGAAGUCAAGUACAGAUACCGCAUUGCCACAGGGGAAACCUGCUGACCUACUUAACAACUGUGAUCUUUAUAGUAGCUCUGGUUACAAGGCUGCAGAUAUGGAGAGUGGUUCUGAGUUCAACGUGCAUAACACCAUUUCUGACGAAUCUAUGUUGAGACCACCUCAGCAAGUUCUAAAUGGUUCUCCGGAUGAAUCAGAACUGGAAAAUCAAUGCAGAAAUUAUGAUAAUGGAGAAUCAAUGAAACUAAAUGUGGAGAAAAUACCCAAUGUUGAUUGCUUCAUUUGUUCUCUUAGCAACACCACAGAGAGUCCUCCAAAUGUUAAGUUAGCUAUUGUGGAAUCAGAUCAAUGUGUUUCCAAGAAAACCCCUACUGAGGAAGUUCUUGAAAAAGUGCCUCCGGCGCUCUCAGCUGUCAGCGCAUCUUCAUCAGAAAAGUUAGUUGAGACAGAGGACCAAUGGUUUUCUAUUAAAGAUGCCUCUGAAGACAUCGAAAAUUUAAAGUUUUGCUCCGAAACCCCACUGGCUUCUGAUAAAGAAGACAAACUGUCAAAAUUGCCUUCGUGUUGUAGAGUUGAAGUUGAUCCAAGACAAAUAGCAACGCAAGAGGAGGUCAUUCUGAAUCCUUGCCAGGGCAGUAUAUUGCAAAGUGAAGGGCAGACAAAUGAUUCUGACAUGUUCAAGGUUGCUCUUGUGCCUCAGAGUUUGAGCAGUCCAUCUCAUGCAGAAAUGAUCAGUUUAGAUCAAGAAGACAAGUUGGACAUGACUUCAAGUACACACCUCCACCCUUGCAGUGUUUUUCCCACUGACCAGACAAAGAUUGUGUCAGAAUCUUGUGACAGUCCAAACGUGGAACAGAAUGUAGAACCAAAUGCAAAUUUUGCAAAUGCUAAACCAUGUGACAUGAGUCCACCUCUGCUUCUUACAAACACUCUUGUGAACUUUGAUCAUCGCAAUGUUGUUGAUGAUGUUCACACAAACUCCGUACCUGGUUCUGAUUGUCCUGUUCAGGAAGAACUCUUCCAGAGCAAUGCCAUCUGGUUUGUAAACACAUCACACAAUGAUGUCAAUAAUAAAGGACAUUCAGAAAGCAUUGCAGCGAGUUAUUUAAUACAGGUGGGAUUGGGAAGCGAAAAGCCGGCAGCAGCACAAGAGCAAGUCAUGGACAAUGAAAUAGGAGAGACUUGUUUACAAGAUGAUGAGAAGACGCAUAUUGCCAGCAAAUGCUUCAGUGAGGUUGAACAGAAGGUACUAGCUGAGAUUUGUUUGUGUGAAGAUGAUGUCAAAAUGUCAGAGCUUGAACCACGGGGACUCGUACCAACUUCAGAGCUGCUUAAUUGCCCAAAUGAUGGGAAUAACAACAAUGACUGUUUGGAAGCUGUUUGUUCUGUUAGCAGUGAUGUACAAACACUGUCUCAACCACCGUGCCAAUCUGAAGUUUUGGAGACUUGUGAUUGCUCGUCAUUGUCAAUAAACUGCACGAGGGAAAGCGCUUGCCAGGACCUGGACUCUUUUACAGAGCAGCCAGUCAGUGACGCUCAGAGAUCUUCAGUUACAUCCAUUCAAGAGCAUGGAGACCUUCAAGACAUGGGGGAAAUUAGAGGAGAUGUUGACUGCAGCAUUCCUCUCGUGAGCACUGAGAGUACUGCAAGACUGUCACUUGAAACUGCGCAGUCAUGCGCCGUACAAGGCCACGGUAGUGAUUAUGCAUCUGUUGAGAGCUUGACAACUACCGUUCCUCAUGUUUCCCAACUUAUUCCAAGCAGUCUUGGAGUUCUUGACUUUGGUCAGUCUGAUUUGAAAGUCAUCACUGAUGAUAUAAGUGAUAAACCUGCUUAUGUAAAUGCAGCAAUUCCCUUACCAGUAGAGCCUGACCAGGUUGACAUUUAUGCCACCUUGCCGUCUUAUGAGAUUUAUUUUCUCAAUAAAGAUCAAUUCGCAGUUCCCAUGCAGGUGGAAAACCUUCAGGUCUUGGAUGAAAUGGAGGGAGAGCAAGGCAUGCUGAAUAUGGUGUCAGACCUUCUUGGGAAAUCGGAGUUGAGCGAUGAGGUGGACUCUAGUCACUGCCUUCCGGCGUGGGCCAAAGAACCACAUAUCCUGUUUUCUGAUAACCAAACAGAGGCAUGUGCCUUGGUGUCAGCAUGGGGCAACGCUGUUUCAGAGGCUAGCCUUACAAUGCAAAAUGAUGAACAGGAUGCUGAAUCUGACUCUGCUGUUGUCGCAGAGGGUUUCCAGACCUCUGUGGGUUUCAUAGCACCCUACCCUUAUAACCUUUUAGGUGCUGAAGGAUCUUGUGUAUGGGAAUGGCAGAAUGAUUAUAGUGAACUUGAAUCCUCAAAGAUCUCAGACCUCAAUCCCAAUGCGAAGGCAUGGGCCAAUUACAUGCCUAAACCGGAGGCCUCUGCUCCAACCUGCCCAGAUUCUCAGCAGUCAUGGGUAGAAGCGGCCGAUGACCCAUCAAACUGCAUCUCAGGAGGUUAUAACAACAGUGAAGACAAAGGGAACUGGAAUGAGGAACAGCAGGUAUCUACAUCUGUAGAGCUGCCCUUUGCAGCACAGCCAGAAUCAGUGUACAUGGGAAGCUCAGCCAGUGAGAAGGGCAUUGUGUCAAACCAGAACACCAGUAUGAAAGGGGUGGAUGAUUCAGACUCCUCUAGACAGCUUGAAGACCUUCGGGAACAGUUGAAGGCAACGCUGGAGUUCUGCCUCUCUAGGGAGAAUCUCGCCAACGACAUGUACCUCAUCUCACAAAUGGACAGUGACCAGUAUGUGCCAAUAGUGACUUUGGCAAACCUUGAUCAAAUCAAGAAACUUACCACUGAUGUAGAUCUUAUUGCAGACAUCUUAAAAACGCUGCCUCUCGUCCAAGUGGACAAAUGUGGAGAGAAAGUCCGGCCCAAUCAGAACCGCUGUAUCGUGAUUCUCAGAGAGGUUCCCGAGGCCACUCCUCUGGAGGAAGUUGAAGCGCUCUUUAAGAGCGAUAACUUGCCCAAAUUCAUCAAUUGUGAGUUUGCCUACAAUGACAAUUGGUUCAUCACCUUCGAAUCUGAGGCAGAUGCUCAGAUGGCAUAUCAGUAUCUCAGAGAAGAGGUGAAAACUUUUCAAGGGAAGCCAAUAAAGGCUAGAAUAAAGGCCAAGGCCAUUGCCGUCAAUACCUUUGUGCCAAAGAAUGGGUAUCGGCCAGUGGAUGUGUCCUCAAAUGUCCAACAGCGCUACACCCCUUACUACAUCCCACCUGUGUAUGGAGCACAGCAACAGUUUCCUCUUUACAGACUGGUGACGCCUCAGGGCUGGUCAGCUACACAGAGCUACCUGGACCCGACUCUGCAGGUUACUCCAUUUCCCAGCCCUGCGUUCAUUAACGGCUUCGCUGGUUCUCCGACAUUUAAAUCAGCAACAUCUCCACUAACUCACAGACAAUAUACACCUCGAAUGAGGAACCACAACAAAACACACAUUCGACUCACAACAGAACGUGGAACCACUCUGCUGGAAAACCCUGCUGCUUUUCCUACUUUUCCUUCGGAGAGAGUUCCCAACGGGACGCGUCCUCCACAGGCUCAUCACCUGGGUAGCCGACCUCGACUACCCAGCGGUCCGGGCUAUCCGCGCCGGGACCAGGUUGGAAGUGGACGAAUGGAAGUAAACGGGGCCGAUUACUCGCUGAACGCUGGCCGUGGAAGAAGGGGCGGCUAUGGAUACAGGAAAAGGAGAGAUGACAACAAAUUUCCAAGAGCAGCAACACAGUCUCCCCCUCCUGUUCAGGAGCGCACUCCAUCUCCCAGCUUUGAGCUGGGUCUAUCCAGCUUUCCUCCUCUGCCUGGAGCUGCAGGAAAUCUAAAGCCUGAAGUGAAAACUGAAAACAGCCUUGACAACCGACUGUCUGACAUUGUUACGGGAGCAGCUAAAGACAAGCCUCUAAAUAAGGAUGUGGUCACCAGCCGUGUGAUCUCAGGGACCCCCAAAGAAUCUGUGCAGGCUGCUCCUGCUCCUGCUGCUCAGACCCCAGUGGACCACCAACACUCACCUACUCCAGCCCUUUCAAACCUGACAACUGUAGAAAAACCUAAAGAGACGCAGACACCUGCAGAGAAAUGCUCAGAGACACAUGCUGCUAAAACCGCACCACUGAGCAAUCCAAUAACGGAGCCCCGUAAACCAAGCUACGCAGAGAUCUGUCAGAGGAUAAGGGAGGCACCGACACAGCAGCCAGCGUCAGCGGAUCCCCGACCUCUCAGCACCACCUCUGAAGACAAGACUCCUGACUCAGCAGAACGCAGAUGCAGAGAAUCAGCGGCCGCGCCUGCCAAAUCUGCGGCGGCUACGGCUACGGCUUGUCCCAGAGAGACAGUGAAACCUCAUCAGAGGAGCGACGGCGGCACGACAGCUUCCUUCCACCAAUCCUGAGGGCCUCGGCUUUGCUUCCAGGACCGAACGGGAACGAAAACUUUGUCAGGGCUGCUCAAAAAGAAAAAGAGAAAUAAAAAAAGAAGACCCUCUUAUCUCACGGUCUCUGUGAGCCGCGCACAGACAGACAGCUUGUCACUGGAAUCAGGGCCUACAGACAAAAGCACUUGUGCAUAAAGGUUCUCUGAAUAUUUUUGUUGUCCUUUCUGUCGUUUUGUUUUCUGGAAAAAUGGGAUUAUUGAACCAGCAUCAGUUGGAGAUUAACUAUUUAAAAAACAUUCGUCAGAGCUCAUCUUUAUUUUGGGGUUAAACUUCGAGUAGUGCCGUUGGGAGGAAAUACUGAUCUUUUUGAAUAGUGCUGAUCCUGAAACACUUUAUUUUUGUGCGUUUUCCUUUCCUUUUUUAACUGAUCUGUAUAUAAUUUUGCUAACCUUGAGUGUCUUGGCGCCGACGCGAUUCCCAAUCUCGACGGUCCCCGCCAUUACAACUGCAUGAGUGAGACUUUCGUGUAAAUCCGUUUUGUUCAGUUUUUAUGUUCGGAUGUUCCAGCACUGUAGUGACUUUGUUUUUUUGUUUUUUUUUUUGUUUUCUUUCUUUUGAGCUCUGAAUUAUUUUUUUACAUGCUAAUCCUCUAUCAAAUUGUACUGAUGUGAUUAUUGUAGCAGGUGUAUGUAUACCUGUUCUUGUGUGCAUGCUUUCUUUUACGUUUUCUUCUUUUCUUUUUAACCUUUUAAUGGCACACAUUGGUUUGCUGUAUCAUUUCCUUUGUUUUUCGCCAAUAGUUUGGGAAGAAUCCGCUCUGAUGCCUCUUCAUUCGAUUCUGGAAGAUCUUCACACUGCAAAGUCCUCAGGUCGCGAGGGUGAAGCGUUCACGUGCCUAGUCUGCUGUGAUCUAAACGAUAAGAGGGCGAUAUUAUUUGCUUCUUAGCUCUGUUCGUUAUCCCGGUGUGGUGCUACGGUUCGUCACAUGGUUACUUUGGUGCUUUUAUCUGUAGAAACGAAGGGAAAGACACUGACACGCACCAACGUCUAUCGCUUUCAUAUCACCACAACUAUACGAGUGGGGAUCGUGUACCUUUUGUAUAGUGCCGUAUACAUCAAAAGCAAAAAGAUCUGAGCCUUCAGCACACAUGGACCAGUGCGGUUUUGUGGGGUUUCUCCUUUAUGCAGACUUUGCGUUUCAGUGUCACUCUUGUUCAUGCUGUUCAUAAGUUAUAAGUUGGUUCUCUGAGUUUGAAAUCGUCUUGGGCCGAGCGAGACAGUCCGUUUAUUUUUUCGUUUGUUUGUUUUGAUGUCUUCCUGCAGCGUGGAGCACGUGCAGAAUGCUUCGAGAUGUUCGUCCUGGCGUCUGUUGUUUAUAUUCUCUUGUAUCUUCCCUGUGAGUAUUGUUUUUUGUUUUUUGUUUUUUUUCUUGGUUAAUCAAAAAAGACAUUUUUGUUGAUUUUUCUGACUUUCUGAAUGCAAAUGAUCAUUUUUCCAUCAAUAAAUGAAGCAUAACAUGAGGGUUUCAUUACGUAAACCUAAAAAAAGCGAAACAGACUAAAAAGAAACAUCGCAUAUAAAUUAACAGUGUUUGAAAACUUGAAUUUUAUUUAAACUUGAAAAAAAAAUGUCUCUGCCUUAACUUUUUAGAUGACAGUUUGGAGGUUUCUUUUUGUUUGUUGUUUUCUUUCUUUCAAUUCCCAAAGUGUAGAAAAAGGAUGACGUGGUUGAGGCGUCGCGAAGCCUUCGUCACUACAUUUUUUUUUGUGUAGCACAAUACUUUUGGGAUUGAGAUGGGAUUAUCAUUUCGUUUCGUUCUCCUAUGUGUAAAUGCUUGUAGUCUAAACUGUAGUACAUGUAUACACUCGUAUGUGUGUGCUUUCUCUGUACAGAUGUAAAUAAUUGGAAAAUGUUAAAAUGGUACCCUAAAAUUGGUUAUGAGAAAAUGUAUGGAAAAAAAAAUAAAUAAAUGUUAAUGAGAAAUUG